AUGGCUCUGUUGCAGUGUCCUAUCGUUGGCGAUCCUUUCGGUGUUCAAUACCAUUCAAAGUAUUGCGUGCCUAUAGUCUAUGCAUUUUAUAUAAUAUGGAGACUACCCAGGCAUGUACACCACAUGAAAAACGUCACGUGUCCUGCACAUUACCCGUGGACUUUGGGUCACCGUACUCAACUCGAGACACGGUCGACGAACGACGAGCCAGCUUGUACUCUCGCCUUGCCGUUUCGGUGGACCGUGAUGAAAUGGACCUACCGUGAUGCAGAUAUUUACGACGAUGGAAUAGAUGUGACCACUAUAAUAAUAUGCCUUCCUCAGUCCCACUACCACCGACGUCAUUCGAACCCUUUCGAAGACUCCGUAAAAUCGCGGUUGAUGGCCGAAAAUAAGGAAAACGAGGAAAAAGGUAAGACUACGUUUAAUGUUAGUUAA